GAUUUGUUCUUUGUUUAACUCCAUUUGUAGCUAAUUUUUUCGCCUGAUUCCUAUAAUUUUCUCAGGUUUUAUCUUGUCAGAAACAGGAUUCUAGUUGUAGAAGCCAGGUAUUUUGUCAAUUUCAAUAUUUUUAGAAAAUUAUGGAUCGCAUUGAGCUUAAAAUUUUGUUGAUUUCGAUAUUGCAAAAGGUGGGUAUAACCAAUCUAUAGAUUUCUCCUCACACAGGCACAAUUUUUGCCCAAUCUGACCUUCAUAAUGAACCUUCUAUAAUUGUUAUACAAUCUUUUUCCAAGUAGGCAAUUGCUUAUAAUUGAGGUCCUUAAUGGAACCCCACUUUUAUUGAACCUUCUAUAUAAUAUUUUCCCUCUAGACAUAGUCCUAAUAUUGCGCUCAGUGUUAAUCUAAUGUAGCCUCCAGUGUUCUUGAGAAUCCUUAUUUAUAAUUUGUCGACUCUAGUGCAACCAAUUCUUAAGUAUCGUUAUUUUUAUGUUAUCAGUUCGAAGGAGGCAGCACACCCUUUAUCCAUGCACCUUGUGGAUUGCAAGUUUUCCAUUUAUAACUAAUUAAAGUAUCACAUGAAUCAGCUUAACAACCUGAUGGUUCACUAACUCUUUUGAGAAUUAUUUGGCGAAUGAAAACGUACGUUGAGGUGCAAAAAAUUCUCGUAACAUACAGUUGGAAUGAUUUAUUUGUGUGGAUUGUUGUGACUGUUAUCUUUUGGGUGCCUGGUUCUGAUGAUUUCUGUUAGCAAGGAUAAGUGGUUUUGAUGUUAGUAAAAGGCCAGACAAAUGUGACAAAUUUUGGCCGGCUGAUGAUCUGAUUGUUAUUUAUUGACCAAGUACAAUCCCAAAAAUAACACAGUCAUCAUUGUUUUUUUUAUAUAAUUUUGCUAAACGUACUUCACUCUAAUUGGAUAUGUAUAGUAUCAGAAUAGAACCAUCUGUUUGUCUCAUUUAUCAAAGACAAGCUAUAGUGUGAAACACCAGUAGCAGGUUGUGAUGUUACUUUGAUGUAAACAAUACCGAGAAUCUUAAAGCUGUACUUUGUCUUGUUAUUAGUCUUUUCAUGAACUAGUUUGUUAAAUAGGAGAUGCUCUUAAGUGAUCAACCAAGUGUUAUCGGUAGAAUUGUAGUCAUAGAUACCAAAUUAUGGCUGAACCAAGCCUUUACCCGAUCCCUCUCCACUAUGCACAACCUGCACUCCCUAAAUAUAAGUAUAUAUCAAAAAAAUUCACAGAAGAAGGUUUCGUCACUGAAUUUAAAGUGGACAUUGACGAAAAUGAAUGGAUCAAUACCGUGCGGGAAAAGGUGAAUGAAGCGCGCCCAAAGGUCCAUCAUGAUCAACCGUGCACCAUUUUUCGAGUCCCAGAGAGCAUCAAACAUGGUGGUGGUGCUGUUAAUUCAUUCUAUCCAACUGUUGCAACUAUUGGCCCAUAUAACUACUUUCCUGAACAAAGCGGCACAGGGCGUGCUAUGCAUGAGCAUAAGUGGCGUUGUGUGAGAUACCUACUUUCACGCCAUAAAAGUCAAGAGAGUGCAAGCCAGCUCUUGGACCAGUGCUUGAUGGCACUUAAGGCAUUGGAUGGUGAUGUGCGAAAUUGCUAUGCAGGAGAGUUAAACAGUUUCGACCCACCAAAGCUUGCUUCUGUCAUGUUGAUGGAUGGGUGCUUCAUCAUCCGUCUCUUAUUAAUGCAAGUGGAGAAUGAGAGUUUUGAUAGUGAAGUAGAGGAAGAGAGUAACAAAGAGGAAGUGAAGGGAAAGGAGAAGGUGAUGGAGGUUGAAUUGGAGAUGGGGAAGGAAGAAGAGAAGAUUGGAGGUCCUUUAAUUGGGAUGCUAUGGCUAUGGAAGCUUGUGAUAUUCGAUCUACUGAAAGUCGAAAACCAAAUUCCUUUCUUUAUCAUUCAAACCAUAUUUGACAUCAUAAGGACUCCGAGAGAUAAAAAUCUUGUCCUUGUAGAUCUUGCACUUCAUCUUUUUCGUGGUAUUCAUCCUUAUGCAUCCAAAUCAUUCACUAAAUUGCCAGCAAGUCAAAUCCAUCACCUACUGCAUCUGUUUCAUACAUCUCUUGUACCUUACAAAUACAAAUCUAUUGCACCAAUUUCACGGAAGUGGAUUCCAAGUGCUAUGGAGCUCAAAAGGACUGGCAUCAAGCUUGUGAAGAAAGAGACAUCUGAGAGCUUCUUGGAUAUAACAUACAACGAUGGAGUAUUGCAAAUUCCGACACUGCAAGUCUAUGACUACUCAAAUUCCCUUUUCCAGAACCUUAUUGUGUAUGAGCAGAGUUUCCCUGACGUGGGGAAGUAUAUUAUGAACUAUGCAGCAUUCAUGCAGUGCAUUGUUGCCGCUGAAGAGGAUGCAAAGUUGCUUGACUCGAAAGAGAUUUUGGUGAACAGGGUUGGGACUGAUGAGGUACUGGCGAAUCUCUUCAAUUGCCGCAAAAAUCACUUGCACUAUGCUUCUGAUGGAAAUUAUCUAGCAGAUAUCUUUACCAAUGUUAAGAAAGACCAUGAAUCAAAGUGGAGAAGGUGGCGGGCAGGACUAGCACGUGUCUAUUUCAGCAACUAUUGGACAGGUGUCACAAUCCUGUUUACCGUGUUGCUACUCUUGCUUGUAAUUGAGCAGUCUUUCUUUGCAGCAUUUUCUUACUUUCGCUCUCUAUAUAAAGUUUAAGGAUCUCAAGUAUUACAGUGGAUGAGAAGUUGAUGACCCUUAUGACCUCCUUGAAAUGUUGUUUAUGUAUCUGAUGGCCAAAUCUGAUGACAUUAGAGGCUUCAGAGAAUUUGGUGUUCUCCGAUAGAUAAAUAAAUGUUACAUUAUUUUUAUCUUCAUGAUGUUUUGUUAGGAUCUAUAUGCAAGUUUAGAAGGGAGGGUUGAAUAGGGUUGCACACUUUUUUUGAGAAUUAAAACCUAUCGAAGAAUUAUGUAGCGGAAAUAAAUAAAGGGCGAGCAGUCACAACCACAAAGAUACAAGGUUUUUAUCACGGUUAGGAUAAAUUCUACAUCCACUAUUCCUGGUCAAAAGGGGCUUCCGCUCUAGUAUGAAGGAAUUUUUGGACCACAACUCAAUCUAGUAAACAAUUGCAAGACUGUCCCCUAGAUUCCCCCUAAUCUAGUCGUCUCUGCCAAAGAUCCUACCAUACAAGUGUAGCCCCAGCCUUAGCUAGUAUCACCAAUUUCUCAAUUAACACCAGCUUGAGUAUGUUGUACAAAAGCGACUAAUCACAUGAUUGUAGAAAAAGUGUUUACAAAAAAGAAUAUCGUUUGAACACAAUUAGAAAGAUAUUGUAGUCCUUUUUGAUUAAGAUCGUUCUCCAAAUGAUUUCUAGUGAAGAUAUGGAAGAAUGAUGAUGAUGAUUCUAGGGCUGGAUGCACUCCACGAAGGAUCCGAUGUGAUGUUGCGAACAACUCCAAGGAUGUGCACAAAAUCCAUGAUGCCAAUUGACGGUAAUAGUAGUGGAAAUCUCCUUCGGAUCCUAAAGGAAUCCUCUCCUUUUCUUUCUGUCAAUGAAGCUCUUCUUGCUCAAGAUCUGUAGAAAAACAACCCUAGAAUAGGUUAUAUAGGCCUCUUAGUGAACAACUCAGAUUACAUUCAGAAAACUAAAAAAAUCCACGACAAUGUUUUCUAAGAACCAUUUUUCUGUCUGAUAGAUGUCAGACUUUUGUUCGAAGCUUUCAGACAGUUGUUCAAAUAAACCUGAGAAUAUUAGUUUCAUCUUGUAGAGUAUGUGGAGAGUUUUUUAAAAUAUAUAUUAUAAUAGAGAUUUUGUUAAUCGAGUUAAAAGUUAUGACCUGUGCGUGUUUUUAGCCAUUUGCUUUGGGUUGUUAGACGUCCGGUAGUACUGAUUGUUUUGACACUGUCUCACAAAAACACUAAUAUCUUGAGCUAUAUACCUCCAAAUCAAAUUUCAUUUGUUUCUAUAGGUUCAUAAUAGAUAGACAGUCACUCCCAUAUGCUCAAAGUUAAUUUUAGCCUAUGAUAUGUUUUUAGGAUUAACUGUGGUUAACUUGUUGUCUUGCAUCACUUUGUAUGACCUGUAUAUUUCAUCUCGAAACAUUAUCAAAUACAUAUGAACAUUUGUUAUUAAUCAAACCAAGUUGAUUGUGUGAUUGUUUGAUGUAAAAUUGGUUCUAAAACGAUUUGUAUUAAUUGAAUGUGUGUUACAAAUAAAGAAUCAAAUUACACAGAAGCGAAAGGAAUUAAUUUGAUUCUUUCUUGUUUAACGUGGGUUCUUCGAUAGCGAUAGGAUGUCUCCCUCGAAUGCUUACGUCUAGCUUGCUUCCCUUGGACGAUUCGAUCGAAAUUGCGGAUAAACUUCAGCGCGUGGUAGUAGUUCUAUGGAUUGAGUUCGAAUACCCGAGCUUGAAUUAAGACCGAAUGCUCAAAGAUCGGUUCUUUUAUCACCCAAAAGAACCAAUUACCCAAGAGAUUUCUAUCUCGAAAGGCUAAAAUGUAAGAAUUUGCAAAGAGCCGAGAAUUAGAGCCAAAUCCAAGAUCUCAAGAGCUAAAAUCCGAUAGUCAAGAGAUACAAAUCUAGGAUCCCCUCUCUGUAGCCGUCCGAGGUUAUUUAUAGAGAAGGAUGGUGGUAACCAACCCCUCAAAUCGUGGGAAGUGGGCGUAACCACUCCCACAAAUCAAGCAAUCGGUUAAAAACCGCUCAGACGAGCUAGCAGGCGAGCUAGGCGAGCUAACGUGCGGGUUGAAUGCUCAGGCGAGUUAGGAGAACAAGCGAGGUUGUCAGGCGAACCCCUUAAGCGUUUAGGCGAGCUUAAACCCUGUAGGCGAGCUUGGUUCGUGCGGGUGGACCUUCUGCAGGACUCGUGCAGGCGAGAGAAGCAUUUAGGCAAGUUUAGCUAAUUUGCUAGCUGAUGAACAGAGCGUUUAGGCGAGCAUAACUCGUGCAGGCGAGUCAAACUUUCAGGCGAGUUUAAAUCCUUUCGGGGCGAAGUCUACUGCGCAGGCGAACUUCGUUUCGCCUGCGGGGUCAAGCAUUCAAGCGUGCUUGACUUUGCCUUUUUGAUGCAGGCGAACAAGUAGAAUGAGCUUUGUUCUUGCGAGCUUUAGACGCAGGCGAAGUCCUGCAGACGAACUUCUCAAUUUUUGGGAUUAAGGCAGUUUUUAUUGCCUACAUUGAUCAACAUCCAACAGUUUGUAGGUGUGAAAUUCAGUCUAUUUCCAUGUUAAUUUUACUGUAGAAGUUUGUAUUAGUUGUCCAAAUAGACAAUGCUUUGAAUAGUUGUUAGGCAAGCUACAUUUUGCCUGUCUCAGUUAGAAACUAUUAUAUAUGUCAACUUAUGAUAAUUAGGGUUUUUAUAGAAUUAAGUGUGAGUGUCUUAAACCAUGUCUAUAUUAUUUGGAGCAUCUUGGAAAAUCUUAUGGAAGAUGUAUGGUGGUUUUGAUGUUCUGAAGGGUUUUAUACAAAUUCUAUGGUUGGACUGUUUCUUCCAUGGUUGAUAUUGCUUUGGUGUUUAUGUUCAUCAAUGACAUGUGUGGAGAUUCUUAGAAGGUUCAACUUGCAAUUCCUGUUAUUGAGCCUUUCUUCAGACAGUUUCAAGGUGCAUUGUUUUGUUUCAUCUCAUCUACACUUAUGAAUUCUCGAUUGCUAGGCGACUUGGCUUCUGGAGUUAUGUCUUUGCAUUUCCUUUUUUUUCAUGGCGAGUUCUUUUGCAUGUAUGCAUUUGAGAGAGGUUUCUUUUACUUGAAUAUGUUGCUCUUGAGGCUUACAAUGAGAUUAUGGAGAAAAAUAUUGGAUGUAGGACAUGAUUUCAGCAUGCAUAUAUGGAAUGGCUGACUAGGACCAUGUUUCUUUUGCUUCUACUUUUUUCUUCAUCCUCUAAUGCAGGGAGUUUCUUUUUUUCAUUUUUUGAGUUCUUUCCUUUCUUUUUGCUUCCCCAUUAUUAUUCCCUUAAACACAAUUGAUGAAUUGUGAUCAUUACUGUUGGGUUAGGUCUGAUUUAGAACCGCAAAUCCCUAAUACUUGGCAUAUCCAGUUGAUAGCUUUGUCUUCUUGCCUCAUCUUCAAUUGCUAGGAUUCAUAUACUUUUAUAUCAAAUUACUUCCUUUGCUGAUCUAUUAUAAUUCUUUUCAAGUGUUUGACAGUUUUAGACUACCAUAGUCUUCAAUCUAGUCACUCAAGCCUUUAAUAGAGUUUAAACUCUACUCACUCAAACCUUUUAAUAGAGUUUAAUGUUCAUUUGACGAUUUAUAUACCUGCAUUUUUUGCUAGCAUAUGGCAUAUGCUGUGAUUUGUUGAUAUUUGUCACAUCAAAAACAUUUUGAGAAAAAGCACCUCCAUGUCGAUUGCUGCUGCACCUAUGAAUAUAAUGACUUGGCUCCUUUACAAACCAACAAAAAAAACCCUAAAUAGUAAACUCCUCUGAAAUCAGGUGGACAAUUGGUUAAUUUCAUAUAUCAACCACCAUUAGGGAUCAUCAUCUAGGAACUCAAUCAGAUGGGUAUACGCAGAAGGCGUUUUCUGCGUGUUUCAUAUGUAAACUUGUGAAAAAAUUGAUGAAAGGCUAUUAAGUAAUUCUUCAAUUAGUUUAGUAUAUCAUGAUUUUAAUUGCUAAAGAAAUACUCAGAAAGCUAUUUGGCAUGAACGGGACAGGUGAAAUAUAAAGGACUAGAAAAAUUCACCAUAUCAUUGCUAAAUUUGAACUAUUUGGUGUUACAUAUUUGUAUUUUUUUUUCUUCUAUCUAUCAGUGCUCUAAACAUUUGUGCCAUUUCUCAUAUAAAUGUUGUCUUCUAUAGACGUUGAUUGAUUGUGAUUUGUUCUUAAAUAUUAAUGCCAAGUUACUUAAGGGGCAAUGAACCGCACAAGCCAAAUAUCAGCCGGCCAUUUUUUUAAGGCUUAUCAUUUGCCUCAUUAUUUCCUUUUUCUUUCUUUGUUAAUGAUUGUGUUUAUAUUAACAAAGAAGACCAUUAGAUGGGGCAUUAGCAGGUAGUGGAAUUACUUCAAUGUAAAUGACCUAGUUCCUACUUUGUCUUAUCAUCUGGACCUUAGUAGGUGUAGUUUAUUUAAUUGGUGAUACCUCAAGAAGCUCAACAGAAAUAGAAUCUUCAUUCAAUCAUUCUU